AUGUCGUCUGCAAUUCAUCCUUACCAAAUCAACAUCCCCGACUCUCGAAUACAAGAGCUCAAUUCCAAGCUCGAAAAUGCCACCUAUCCUGAUGAAUUAGGCUCUGCAGGAUGGGACAUGGGUGCCCCAUCGUCCGAUAUACAACGACUCACAAAAUACUGGCUCCGGGAGUUCAGCUGGCGAAAAGCCGAGGAGAAACUCAACGGGCUGCCUCAUUUUGUCACAACAAUCCAGUGCGACGGUUACGAGCCUCUGAAUAUCCAUUUCCUGCACAAGAAAAGCUCAGCCAAAGGGGCGAUUCCGCUGCUUUUCGUGCAUGGCUGGCCUGGGAAUUUUCUAGAGGCCACUAAAAUUAUUGAUGCUCUAUCCACCCAGACACAAGGUCAAGUGUCAUUCCACGUCGUCGCACCAUCGUUGCCCAGUUUCGGAUUCUCAGAAGGCACGAAGAAGCGGGGCUUUGCGGUCGAGCAGUAUGCUGAGACACUGCAUAAGCUGAUGGUGAGGCUUGGUUAUGAUCAAUAUGUUACUCAAGGUGGCGAUUGGGGUUACUACAUCUGCCGCGCCCUCUCCGCCCUCUAUCCACGACAAUGCAAAGCCACACACUUCAACAUGGACGUGGGCACUCGACCUACCCUCUUCACGCACCCAGUUCUGUUCGUCUCGUCCCUCUUUCGGCGCCUGAGCAAGCGAGAGAAACAAGGUGUCUCCCGCACGGAGUGGUUCGACCAAGAAGGGUUCGGGUAUAACCUGCUCCAGUCCACGAAGCCACAGACGAUAGGCUACGCAUUGACCGACAGUCCUGUGGCUUUGCUGGCGUGGAUCUAUGAGAAACUGCAUGACUGGACGGACGCAUACCCUUGGACCGAUGAAGAAAUCUGUACCUGGCUCAGCAUAUACUACUUCAGCACCGCUGGCCCCGCAGCCUCCUGCCGCAUCUACUACGAAAUGGGCCGCUCGGGCCCCUGGGGAACUCGCCUCACCCGAUACGAACUCAGGGCGUACCAGUCCAACGGCGUGAAAGUCGGGAUCAGCCAUUUCCCGCGGGACAUCCACGUGUUGCCGAGUCCGUGGACGAGGACGGUUGGCGAGGUGGUGUUUGAGAGGGAGCACGAGAAAGGAGGGCAUUUUGCGGCGUGGGAACGGCCGGAAGACAUUGUCGGGGACGUGUGGGAGAUGUUUGGACGGGGCGGUGGUGCGUACGGGGUCGUUGAAGGGAGGGAUGGAUAUUGA